AUGUUCAGAUUGGCGUCUCUCCUCCGCCGAGCGAGAGCUCUACAAGGACCCAGCAACGCCAUUAUCCCAAGGCCAACAGCACGUUCAGUCUCAACAACCUGCCCCCUACGAAGCGACGAUGGUGAGAUUAGACCCGGACAAUUCGUUCGCACAGAUCCGUCCAUCACCGUGAAGUGCCCUAGCAUGGGGGAUACGGCGUCGAGUAAACCUGUGCGCAGGCAUAAGCGGACACUAAAGAGUUUCUCUCUAGAAGGGAAGGUCGCGGUAGUUACUGGGGGCGCUAGAGGAUUGGGGUAUGUGAUGACGCAGGCACUUGUUGAGUCUGGAGCUGAUGCUGCAAUUAUGGACCUGAACGGUGAGGGGGCAGCAAAGUCCGCCAAAACCCUCCUAGAGCAUUUCAAGAGUGAGAACCCCGAUGCCGAACGCUCCCCAACAAUAACCGCCCACACAUCCGACGUCUCCUCCCCAACCUCCGUCCGCUCCACCAUCUCGGAGAUCCUCACACAGCACAACUCGCAGAUAGACGUCCUCGUAACCUCCGCCGGCUUCACCGAGAACUUCAAAGCGGAGGAGUACCCGCACGACCGCAUGCAGAAGCUCUGGGGUGUGAAUGUCGACGGAACGUACCUCUGCGCCGCGGAGGUCGCAAAGCACAUGAUUGAACGGAAGCGCCCCGGUAGCAUGGUCUUCAUUGGGAGCAUGAGUGGGAGUAUCGUGAACGUGCCGCAGCCGCAAGCACCGUAUAAUGCUUCGAAAGCCGCUGUUAGACAUUUGGCUAGUAGUCUGGCCGUUGAGUGGGCGGCGCAUGGGAUUAGGGUUAAUUGUAUCUCGCCGGGGUAUAUGCUCACUGAUUUGACGAAGAAAAUUUUGGACGAUAACCCGGAUUUGAAAGCUAAGUGGGUAAGCUUGAUUCCUCAAGGGAGGAUGGGCAAUCCGGAGGACUUGAUGGGUGCGGUUGUAUUCUUAGCCAGCGAAGCAAGUAAUCACAUUACUGGGGCGGAUCUAAGGGUUGACGGUGGUUAUACCGUUAUUUAAUAGUUUAAACUGUUCUGUAGCAGUUAUAUGGAUGAGGCUGCUCUAAUGGAGUUUAUGACAAUCCCAGCAUACAUACCAAAGUUAGUUUAGGUUUGGAAUCUUA